AUGGGAGAGGAUGAUAAGAUGAUGCAACAGAGCUGGAGAGCCCCCUGUCCCCCGAGCGUGGGACAGUCACCACAUGGCAGUGGUGGGAGGAGUGUCACCAAGGUCCCUGCUGUGAUGGGUGCUAUAAGAGGGGUGAGUGGCCCCACCACAGCACCUUGGGGCUGGCUGACUGCAACCAUGCUGGGAGCUGUGUGUCUCGCUGUGCUGCUGGGCUACGCCUAUGGAUGCGGUCAGCCGGCCGUGCCGCCGCUGUUGGGUGCCCGUGUGGUGGGUGGUGAAGACGCCCGGGCCCACAGCUGGCCGUGGCAGAUCUCCCUACAGUACAGCCGCAGCGGGAGCUGGAGCCACACAUGCGGAGGGACCCUCAUUGCCCCUAACUGGGUGCUGACAGCUGCCCACUGCAUCAGCUCUAGCCUGACGUACCGGGUGGUGCUGGGCAAGCAGGUCCUGUCUGAAGUGGAUGAGCCAGGCUCAGUGGCCGUGGGUGUGGAGAAGAUCAUCGUGCACGAGAAGUGGAACUCCUUCCUCAUCAUCAACGACAUCGCCCUGAUCAAGCUGGCAGAGGAGGUGCAGGAGAGCGAUACCAUCCAGGCUGCCUGCCUGCCACCCUCCGGCCUCAUCCUGGAGAAUGACUACCCCUGCUACGUCACUGGCUGGGGACGCAUCAGCACAAACGGGCCGCUGGCUGACGUCCUGCAGCAGGCGCUGCUGCCCGUGGUGGACUACGCGACGUGCUCACAGACGAGCUGGUGGGGCAGCACCGUGCGCACCACCAUGGUGUGUGCCGGCGGGGACGGCGUCGUCUCCGGCUGCAAGGGGGACUCGGGUGGCCCCCUGAACUGCCACCAUGACGGGGUCUGGGAGGUGGACGGCAUCGUCAGCUUCGGCUCCGGCCUGGGCUGCAACACCAUCAGGAAGCCCACGGUCUUCACAAGGGUAUCUGCCUACAUCGACUGGAUCAACGAGGUGGGUGCACCUUCCUCUCACCCCAGGAGGGGCCACUUGCUUUGUCCCUGUCCCCUCCUGGCUGAGGGUCUCACCCUGAGUGCCCCCUUCACCCCAUGUCUUGUCGUUGGCAGAAAAUCAGCGCGAACUGAGGCGGCGGCGCGUGGCGCGACAGGUCUGGAGUGGAAUAAAGGCACAAGUGCAGAGCUGGUCUCCUGUGUCUCGCUGGUUAUUUGGGGUUGA